CGGGCUCUCUUCAGCCCUGCGGCCCCCGGGGGCGCGGGGUGGGUCUCGGAGAGGUGCAGGGUCGCCGCUUUGCCCCCCGGUACGCUUCGCCAUGUGCCGCCCGUUUCCCGCUCCGCCUCCCCCUGGGCAGCCGCGACGGAAUCCCCGCGGUAGAACCCCGCCCCCCCCCAAGAGACUGAGCCACCCUUGGAGGCCGGGCCCGGCGACCGCGCCGUCUCGGACGCCAAGAGGCUUUUGGCGUUGGCGUACCCGGAACGCUGGAAACUGACAGCUGCUGUUGGCUUUUUGGCUAUUUCCAGUGUCAUCACUAUGUCUGCUCCUUUUUUCUUGGGGAAAGUUAUUGAUGUCAUUUACACAAAUCCAACUGGUGAACUUGCAGAGAACCUGUCCACGCUAUGUGCCUUAUUAACUGGAAUAUUUAUAUUUGGUGCCACUGCCAAUGGAAUACGUGUCUACCUCAUGCAGAUUUCAGGGCAAAGAAUUGUGAAACGUCUGAGAGAAACAAUAUUUUCUUCUCUCUUGAGACAAGAAGUAGCUUUUUUUGACAAAACCAGCACCGGAGAGCUGAUUAAUCGCUUGUCUUCAGACACCACUCUCUUGGGCCGUUCGGUCACUGAAAACCUUUCGGAUGGGUUAAGAGCUGCCGGUCAGGCAUCAGCUGCUGUUGGGAUGAUGUUUUUUGUGUCUCCAAAACUUGCUACAUUCGUCCUAACUGUAGUACCAUCUCUGGCUGUCAUAGCUGUGCUUUAUGGAACAUAUUUACGAAAAUUGACUAGAAUGACACAGGAUUCCCUCGCAGAAGCUACACAGUUAGCCGAAGAACGGAUUGGAAAUUUAAGAACCGUUCGAGCUUUUGGGCACGAGUUAACUGAAAUGGAGAAAUAUCAGAACAAGAUUCAGUAUGUGCUACAAUUGGCCAAAAAGGAAGCAAUAGCUCGAGCAGGAUUCUUUGGAGCAACAGGAUUAUCAGGCAAUUUGAUUGUGCUUUUUGUUCUGUACAAAGGAGGAUUACUGCUGGGUAGUGCCCAUAUGACUGUUGGUGAACUGUCUUCGUUCUUAAUGUACGCUUUCUGGGUUGGCAUAAGCAUUAGAGGAUUAAGCUCUUUCUAUACUGAGUUAAUGAAAGGUUUGGGUGCAGGAGGGCGUCUGUGGGAACUUAUUGAUCGAAAGCCACAACUUCCUUUUAAUGAGGGAACAGUAUUAAACCAGGAUGCCUUCAAAGGUGCUCUUGAGUUCAAAAAUGUCAAAUUUGCAUAUCCAACACGUCCAGAAUCAUUGAUUUUUCAAGACUUUUCUCUCAGCAUCCCUGCAGGCUCUGUCAUGGCACUAGUGGGCCCAAGUGGCUCUGGCAAAUCGACGGUUGUGUCUCUUCUACUGAGGCUUUAUGAUCCACUCUCAGGAAGCAUUACUGUUGAUGGGGUUGAUAUCCGUCAGCUAAAUCCACUAUGGUUCAGGACUAAUAUUGGAACAGUAAGUCAGGAACCCACUCUGUUCUCAUGCUCUAUUGCUGAAAACAUAGCCUAUGGUGCAGAGGAUCCUUCCACAGUAACUCCUGCAGAAAUUGAGAGAGUUGCCAAAAUUGCAAAUGCUUCUAAUUUUAUCCAAAAUUUUCCAAAAGGAUUCCACACUUUAGUUGGAGAAAAAGGUGUUCUUCUGUCUGGUGGGCAGAAGCAGCGAAUUGCAAUUGCUCGAGCUCUUCUGAAGAAUCCCAAAAUUCUUCUCCUUGAUGAAGCAACAAGUGCUUUGGAUGUUGAAAAUGAAUAUCUUGUCCAAGAAGCAUUAGAUCGGCUCAUGGAAGGCAGAACUGUUCUUAUUAUUGCUCAUCGACUCUCCACCAUUCAGAAUACUAAUUCUGUUGCAGUUCUGGACCAAGGCAGAAUAGUUGAGUGUGGAAAGCAUGAAACACUGCUUGCAAAUCCAAAUGGACUUUUCAGCAAAUUAAUGAAAAAACAGUCUUUUAUCCAAAAUAUUGAACAUUUUGCAUCUAAUUGAAAAAAAUCCAUUUUUAAAAAAAGAAUGAAAAGGUAUAACUAGGGAAUGGAAAUGUAAUAUUUCCAAGAAUUUAAAUUAUGUUUCAAUAAAUGUGUUGUAUAUAUUUUCUAGGGUACUUCAGAUAUUUCCAAAAAUUGAUUAUCUUAAAUUUUUUAUUCAAAGCAUUUAAGUAAUUAUAUUGUGAUGCAAUCCAAGAGUGAGUUGUUUUCAGAUUCUACAGUUCUGCUGAUGUGAUUAACACAGGGAUGGAUAUAUUUUCCAGUCCCAGGUGUCAUUGUAUAACCUGGUUACCUCCUUCCCAAAUCAAAGAAACUUCAGAAGUUUGCCAAGAUUUUGUAAAGGGUCUACUUGGAAGUUCAGUAAGUACCACACUGCUGAUCCCUAGAUUAAUGGAUAUAUCAUGGGUGUUUGCAGAAUUUAAUCUUAUGAUUUGGCAGCAUCUUUGAUUUUUCAGCUAGUCUAUUUUCAUGCCAAAUGUCUUUUCAUGCUUUGUCUUCUUAUUACAUCAUUAUGAAUUUAAUAAUGUUAUCAUUUGUACAUUAAGACAGUCUUGAUUCACAAAAACAAAAACACUCAUGGUCAACAUUAAUGCAAAAAAGGAUAUUAUUAGUCAAAGCAAAUUCUACCAUAUCCCUAUGUUAAAAUAUUUGAUUUAUUUAGGUUUACAGAGAGUACUCACUUUUGUGUUCCUUCUGACUAUGAAUUAAGAAAUAACUUAUCCAGCAAAUUAUAUGUUACUUUUGGUAUACUGAUGUGUGUCUUCUCUUUUGCCUUUCCAAUCACUCUAUUCCAUUUUCCCUUCACCCAUUUUUUUUUCUGAUCAACAUUUUAUAGCACAGAAAACUUACCAGAUUUUUUUUCCUUUGAGGACUCCUCUUUAGAGAAAAACAACAACACUUUAAAAGAUUAUUUUUAAUUAUUGGCAAACCUAGUCAGUCUGUUGAUAUCUAGUCAGUCUACUGAUAUAUAAAUAGUGUUAUUUUGUCUACAACUCUGCAACAUGGGAAUACCUGAACUGGAACUCCAAAAAUCAGUGUUAAUUAAGUAGUUUACCCAUAUAGAAAUCCAUACUGCUUCCCACUGUAUGUACAGAUGGAAGGAAAGGAUUAUCUAGUACUAUAUUAUAUAUUCAAACAGUUAUAGCGUUCAGCUAUACGUGGGGAAAAGAGUGGGAAGUAGCAUGUGCUUAGGCCACAAUGUGACAGAUGGAAUAGUAUUGUUCAAAAUGCCGCCAGUAACACACAAUAAGUUGAACCUAGGACAAUUCACUGAAUAAGCUCAUAAAUGUAUAAAAUGGAAGUAGAUAAACUGAAUAUAUGAUAUGGUUACAGACAGUAUUCAAAGAAUAUUAAUUGCAAGAAAUGUCUUCCCAUACUUCCACUUUGUUUGGUUCAUAUGAUGCUGUACAGUACUAUCUAUAUAACUGUCUUAUGUAAGGACUUUUCUCUGAACUGACUUGUCAAGGGUUGAUGACAGAGGAAAAUGCCAUAGUUGUUAAACUUUCUAAAUAAAUUGAAGCCAUGUAUCAUACUGACAAAAGGGGAAAAAAAAAAGAAUUAAGGCAGCUGUAAAUGCACAUACACUAUGGUAUGAAUUCAUACUAGACCAGAGAUAAGAACACUGAUGUCUACUGGAUGCCCAAAAGAUGUCCCCAAGUUCCCCCAGAUUUUUUAAAAAUCACCAAAAUCUUAGGAAAACAUGAUUCCUUGUGUGAGAAGUCUGAACUCUUAAGUGAGAAUACUAACGCUCAGUAAAAUUCUACUAAUCUCACAGAAGAAUUUAUGGAAAUCUUGUGAGAGUUUGUUGGGUUUCCCAUUAGACAGAUCAAAUAUGGUUGCAGCUCCCCAAACAGGUUCAUUGAACUCUAUGGGAUUUAAUCAUGUUGAGUUUUAUUCCAUUAAUUUAUGUGAAUCUUGUCUAAAUAUGAGUAAAUUUGUAUCCAAUCCAUUAAAAAUCUAAUACUGUUGAUUAGAACAAAAUGGAAAUCUCAUAAAAUUACCUUGGCAUGUUGGCAUAUAAGUGGAAUUUUUCACAAAUUAUGGUACUGACCAGAAUGAACAGUUAUUUUGAAGAGAUUCACAAUUACUUUCACAUUAACUUCAAAUAAGCAAACUUCUGGAUUUUUUUUUCACUUACAGACUUCUUUAUAAUUGGUCCCUCCAAUUUCGUGACAAGUAGAUGAUGUAAAGUUGGCACUGUAAUGAUUUAUGUGCUGUUCAAUGGCUAUGAGUACUAUAAUCAGCAUCAUACCUACUGUUCUGUAGUUUUUAAAUCUUACUUAAAGUCAUUUAAUAUAGGGGCUUUUUUGCAGCUGACCAGUACAAAAAGACAUAGAUCUUUAGUCCUCAAAGAACCAAUUCUUUACCAUUGUAAUUCAAGGGUUCCUGCUGGAUGCACAGUGUGAUAAUAAAGUAUUUAGCAAAGCAGAGUCUAAAACAAGGCUAUCUAAUUUUGAUAUAAAGAACAACAAUUUUUCUACUCUUUGUUCCCCAGUUGUUGUUGGCAAUAUUUGUAUAACAAUAAAAUGUAUUAAUAAACUAUAU